GACCCGCAGUGCCGCACAGCACAGGCACAGCGCCACCGCUACCGCGUCCGUCAUCCCCACACACACAUGUAGCCCGACACUCUCCACCCGCACACACAGAGAGACAGUACACAGCUCAGUCGCGGGCGCGCAGCGAGAUCGCCACGCUCUCCUCCACUCUCCAGCGAGCGCGGAGCCGGACUCCAAGGCGGCCGGCGGUCCGGCGCUCCUGCUCCCCGCGCCGCCUCCGCGCAAUGCUGGCCGCUUCCGGCGCAGAUCGGGCCGACUCCUCACCCUCCUCCUCCCGGCCGCGGCUCUCGAUCGGCGCCUGACUCCGGGUGAGCGGAGGACGGCUGGAUCUUGCGGCGGACGGCGCGAGGGAGGGACGGACGGACGCGCUCCGCCGUCUCCCGAUUUCCGCCUGCCAAGAGAGGUACAAACAGGAGAGUUCUUAAAUGCUGCCCCAGAACCCUCAAGAACAAUAUCGUGUUGGACGAGAAGAGUGAAGAGCUGAUGAGAAAGCCUGGAGUACAGAGUUGAAAGCUAUUGGCUUCCAGCAAGUUCGAACAAUGCAGCAUCUUACACUAGCAGCAUCUCUGUCUGCUGCUGUUCUCUUUGCAUGCAUCCUGUAUGCUGAAAGUGCCGAUCUCAACUCGGACAAGCAGGCUCUUCUUGCAUUUGCUGCAUCCCUGCCCCAUGGCAGGAAGCUCAACUGGAGCUCCACAACACCUGUCUGCACUUCUUGGGUUGGAGUGACAUGCACACCGGACAAUAGCCGUGUACACACACUACGGUUACCUGCAGUAGGACUCUUUGGCCCAAUACCCUCGGAUACGCUUGGCAAGCUUGAUGCCCUGGAGGUGUUGAGCCUCAGGUCUAAUCGCCUUACUGUUGACCUCCCUCCUGAUGUAGGAUCUAUUCCUUCUCUUCAUUCCCUCUACCUGCAGCAUAAUAAUCUGUCUGGAAUCAUACCAACUACACUUUCAUCCAGCCUAACAUUCCUAGAUCUGUCCUACAACACUUUUGAUGGGGAAAUUCCAUUGAGAGUACAGAAUCUCACUGGACUUACUGCAAUCCUUCUCCAGAACAACUCUCUUUCUGGACCCAUCCCUGACUUGCGUCUCCCCAAAUUGAGGCAUUUGAAUAUGAGCAACAACAACCUCAGUGGUCCAAUACCACCUUCCUUGCAGAAAUUCCCAGCUAGUUCAUUCUUAGGGAAUGCUUUUCUGUGUGGGUUACCAUUAGAACCAUGUCCUGGAACUGCGCCUUCUCCUUCACCGACACCACCACCAUCAGUGCCCAGCAAACCCAAGAAGAGCUUCUGGAAAAGGAUCAGGACAGGUGUUCUAAUUGCAAUUGCUGCUGCAGGAGGGGUAUUGUUGCUUCUCUUGAUUCUUGUACUCUGUAUAUGCAUUUGCAAGAGAAAGAAAUGCGCAGAACCAACCGCAGCUUCGUCAUCCAAAGGAAAAGCUGUUGCAGGUGGAAGGGCAGACACCCCUAAGGAAGAUUACAGCAGUAGUGUUCAGGAGGCAGAGAGAAACAAACUGGUUUUCUUCGAGGGUUCUUCAUAUAACUUUGACCUGGAGGAUUUGCUGAGAGCCUCGGCUGAAGUACUUGGAAAAGGAAGCUUUGGAACUACCUACAAGGCUGUUCUUGAGGAUAGCACCACAGUUGUGGUCAAGAGAUUAAAGGAGAUGGUGGUGGGGAAGAAAGACUUUGAACAGCAGAUGGAGAUAGUUGGCAGGAUUGGCCAGCAUCAGAAUAUUGUUCCGCUGCGUGCUUAUUAUUACUCCAAAGAUGAGAAGCUACUGGUGUAUGACUAUGUCCCAGCUGGUAGCCUUGCUGCUGUUUUGCAUGGGAACAAAGCCACUGGAAGAGCUGCACUGGACUGGGAGACGAGAGUGAAGAUAUCUCUUGGUGUGGCUCGUGGACUUGCUCAUCUUCACGCCGAGGGAAGCGGGAAGUUCAUCCAUGGCAACCUCAAGUCGUCGAACAUCCUUCUGUCACAGAACCUCGAUGGCUGCGUCUCAGAGUUCGGUCUGGCGCAGCUCAUGACCACUCUGCCCGCCCCCGCCCGGCUCAUCGGAUAUCGCGCGCCGGAGGUCCUGGAGACCAAGAAGCCGACCCAGAAGUCGGACGUCUACAGCUUCGGCGUCCUGCUCCUGGAAAUGCUGACCGGAAAGGCGCCUCUGAGGUCCCCCGGCCGCGAGGACUCCGUCGAGCACCUGCCGCGGUGGGUGCAGUCCGUGGUCCGGGAGGAGUGGACCGCGGAGGUGUUCGACGUGGACCUGCUCCGGCACCCCAACAUCGAGGACGAGAUGGUGCAGCUGCUCCAGGUGGCCAUGGCGUGCGUCGCCGUCGCGCCGGACCAGCGGCCGAAGAUGGACGAGGUGAUCAGGCGGAUCGCCGAGAUCCGGAACUCGUACUCGGGGCCGGCGAGCCCGCCGGAGGAGACCGGCGCCCAGGCGCCAUGAGGGCGUGGAGAUAAAAAAGAGUCCCAUUGUGUUUAGCAUGCAGAGGUAGCUAGCUAAGCUAAGCUAGGUUGCAUAGUUACUUCUUACUUGGUUAUAUAUAUAGCUUUGAGCGAAAGUUGAUAGCCGCUUGCUUGGUUGAUUAGUGGAGUGCGGUUUCUGUUGAUCCCUGAUUCUUUCUUGUUUCGGGUAAUUUUUCUGUGCCGUUUUCGGAGUAGUGACUGGUGAGGCUACUGAUCUGGAUAUCUGAUGGUACUGCUGGUGUUUGUGUUGCCCUGUAGUUUGGCAUGCCUUUUUUUCCCCAGAGUGUGAUUAAUGGGAUUCAUUGAGUCGA